CACCAAAAAAGAAAAAAUAGUGAGACUGCAAGGAAUAGUUGGACAACUGCAUCUUUUGCAGUACGAAAAGGAAGAGGUUAACCUGUUCUUGGCUAUAUGGUAUUGAUUUAGGAUGCAAAGAAAAUACAGCUGUAAAUAUCUAGGAAUAUUCCCUAGUAGCUGGGGUGUUUUUUAGGGAGUAGGCCGUUGAAGGGGGACUCUGGAGGCACAGUCUGUUUUCCCAGGGAUGCCACCCGCUCCCUGCAUGAUAGGAGGAGAAAGGUCACUCGUUGUUCUAGGUCUCAGCUCCCAGCUGAGAAUGAUGCUGUCUCCCUCCUCUCCUGUUCCAGCUUGCUUGUUUAUCUCACUGGCUUUUCAUCAGAGUAACAUUCACUCUGCUCUGUGCUGAACACAGUGGGUCCUGCUCUGACCGGGGCUUCUAGGCACCACCACGAGUAACAGACAUGAUUCUCUCCUUACGCCUCUCUCCUCCCUCUCCGUCUGUGCUGCAGUGCUUGUGAGAGCCUGCAAAGAGACGCUGUCUUCUGCAGCUUCGGGAUCCCAGCAAGAAAUGGGGGUCUGAUGGAUUGUAAAUGCACCUGCUUUGUUUAAAACCCAGCCGAACAGAUAAGUGCACUUUAAAUUAUCUCUGAAUGGUGCUUUAGACGCGGCUGUGCACGGCAUCUCUCUUCAGUUCUGUUUCAGUUUGGUGAGGCUCUGUGUUUCACUCCUGCAAAUGAAUGCUGUGUGGGUCCCAUUUCAGCUGAGAAAUACCAGAUGAUAUUGGUAUUUCACAUUAAGGUAAUUAUUUGGUGUCUGAGGGAGCUGCAGCUGAGGGGUUGGGAGGCUCCCAGGGCUCUAUCCCUGCUCUUCCAGAGCCACAGUCUCCAGCAGCCCUGUGAGGUUUUGGGACUCUGAGGAGCAGCUCUGUGGGACCAGACAAGGCUGAUGUGACCCAUGUGAGCCUCAAAGAGUCCUAUGGGACUCAUUAGAGGUUUAAUAACUAAACUUGGCUGGUUUGGUUGAGAAGAUGCUUGUGCAGGCUUGUCACAAUCUCAGAGAAACCAGCUCAUGCUGCUGGCGGGAGAAAGGGCUUUCUGCAUGUGCUUGUCAUAUGUGUGCAGAGAAAGUGAUAACCCUGCUCCUUCCCAACAGCUUCCAGGUGGGAAAAGAGCUGAGGAUGGGGGAGAAAACACCUUGGAUACACUGAGUUUACAUAGGGCAUGCAAAGAAAUAUUGUGAGUGAGUGGUAACAAGAAUUGUCCCCUCAAAGUUAAGGGAACAUUAUCUCUCUGCCAAGAAAGCAAUUUCUGGCUGCUUAGGUAUGCUUCUAGAGGUGACCACUGUCUCCUGGUGGACACACCACUGCAGUUACUAAAGUAUUCAACAAACCCAUAAAAGAGGGUCUCGUGUAAAGUGUAACUUUGCAAUAAUAUACAGCCAUGGGGCUGGGGCUAGUAUUCACCAUAAUGCAAUUUACUGUGUUAGAAUAAUAAAAAAUAAAUCAGUGAAGCUGAGUGUGUGAGCAUUGCUGGGGAUGUGUGGCGGGAGGCCGGACAAGAGCCAAAGUAUCUACUCCAGACUUGCCUUACCUGCUCUACCAGGGAUAAUUACCAGUGUAAAACAUCUACCUUGCUGUUAGGAAAAUGACAGACAGGUUUGCUACAGCAAAUUAGGCUGUAGUAACUGACCUGAAUUUGUCUUACCUACCAAAGCAAAAGGUGAGUUUCUUGGUCAAGUUGCCAGUUUAGGGGUGAUAGAAAGAGACAGGACAGACAAGGAGGGGAAGUGGGAGGUUGCUGCAGUUUGUGAGAACUAAAUCUGGAUCAACUUGUGAUCCCUGAAGUUCCUUUUUUUCUAGGAAAAACUUCACUGCUGCUGUUAUUACCAAGGAAUGUUUUAUAUUAAUAGAAGAAACAGCACAUCUGUUAGUAAUGACUGAGCUCUGUCUUACAAUUGUAAACAGCGCUUAUUCCUGACUCUUUAAUACUUUGAAAGCAAAAAAGCUUGACACUAUAUUAAGAAACACUGAUUAAAAUGGAGCUUUAGUGAGAAAUUGGGGCUAGUUGAUUCAGCAAAGGUGGAUAGGAAGUUAAAAACGCUUAAAUCCUCUUGGUGCACCAGCUAAUGCAGCUUAAUGUUUUUCUAACCUCAGAGAUUCUCAAGGUAUUGAUUGUUAGGUUUGCAACUUUAAAUCUGUUUUCUGCCAGUGAGCUGAAAUCAAUGUAUCUCUGUAUUAGGUCCCAUUAAAUUAACCCUAAGCUGGCCAGUUCCAGUCUGGGCAAUCUGACAUUACUCAGAGUCAAAUUUGGGAAUCAUCCUGAGGUGUGGCUGGCAUGCAAUGUGUAACACUCUGUGCUGCCUGGAAGAAGAGGCAGGAAACACUUAAAGUGUCACUUGGGAGCUGUACUGAUGAGAGAGAUGAUACCAAGGGUGUUCUAGGCACCUGUGGUUUGGCUGGUACCUCCUGCCACUGAGGAGAACAGAUUCAACAGCUCUUGUCCACUUAUUGAAAAAAAAAAUUGUCCUGACAAGAAGAUCCUUGAAUCCCUAACUCCUUGUUCUUACAGGUGAGCCUUGAGAACACUUGAGAGACUGCAGCUCUCCCGAAUGAGUGACCUUCCCCAGUGACUGGAAGAAAGCCAUGGGGAAAGACAAGAAAGAAGAAGCCAUCUUCCUGAGGAAGAAGAUAACUUUGCUGCGGGCUUUCUCGCUGCUCAUUGGCAGCAUGGUUGGCAGUGGCAUCUUCAUUUCCCCCAAAGGAGUACUGCAGAACUCGGGCAGCGUGGGAUUCUCCCUGGUGGUCUGGUUCUCCUGUGGGCUCCUCUCCAUGUUUGGUGCCUUGAGUUAUGCAGAGCUUGGAACAAGAAUCACCAAGUCUGGAGGACAUUAUAUCUACAUUUUGGAGACACUAGGGCCUCUGCCAAGCUUCUUAUUCCUGUGGGCAGAGUUUUUUGCUAUCAGGCCUGCCAACAGUGCUGUGGUUUCCCUGGCGUUUGGACGCUACAUGCUGGAGCCAUUUUUCGCCCCCUGUGCUGCCCCUGUCCCUGCAGUGAAGCUCGUCUCUCUCCUGGGCUACUACAUGGUCCUCACCCUCAAUUCCUGGAGCGUCACCUGGAGCGCGCGGCUGCAGACGGCUCUCUCUGUGGUCAAACUCCUGGCUCUUGCACUCAUCAUCGUGCCAGGGAUGAUGCUGCUGGCCCAGGGCCACACCGAGAACUUCCAGGAUGCUUUUGACAGGCAGUCGCUGGUUCUGGAUAAGCUCCCCCUGGCUUUCUAUGCAGGCAUGUUCGCGUACUCCGGCUGGUUUCAGACCAGCUUUGUGCGUGAGGAGUUGGUCAAGCCUGAACGAAAUAUCCCCCUGGCUGUCAUCGUGUCUGUGAUCACGGUAAUCGUGGGGUACAUGCUCACCAACGUCUCCUAUUACACAGUCCUGGGAACACAAGAUGUUCUGGCUUCUCCUGCUGUGGCUGUGAGCUUUGUGCAGCGAGCCUUCAAAAGCCUCAUCUCCGUGGUCCCUGUCCUUGUCGCACUAUCCUGCUUUGGAACCAUGAAUGGAGGAAUCUUCACAUUUUCAAGGACUCUGUUUGUGGCUUCCAGGGAAGGGCAGUGGCCUCCUCUCUUCUCCAUGAUCCACAUUCGAAGGCAUACCCCCCUUCCUGCUGUCAUGUUAAUGUUCCCUUUGGUCACUGCCAUGGUGUGCAUUGGAGACAUCUACCAUCUACUGAACUUCUUCAGCUUUUCCCGAUGGCUCUUCAUAGGAUUAGCCACCCUCGGGCUCAUCGUCCACCGCCACCGUCACCCGGAGCUGCACAGCCCCUUCAAGGUUCCCCUUUUUGUUCCUGUCUCUUUUACCAUCAUCUGCCUCUUCACAGUGGCAAUGUCUUUCUACUCAGACCCUGUGAACAUUAGCUUUGGAUGCAUCAUGGUUUUGAGUGGUUUUCCAGUCUACUACCUCAUAAUUCACAGGCAGAUGUCAGACCGCUGCCGCAACCUGUUUUAUUAUCUUACACACAAACUGCAGUUACUGCUGGAAGUUGUCCAACAAGAAAUCAAGACUUAUUGAGCAAAUCAUCAGAACUCACAGAAGACGAUAAAAAUCUACUUACACCAUUUUCGACACCUUUGAUCCUACCAAAAGCAGGCCAUGCUUUUAUUCUUUUCAGUCAGAGCAAAUGAGGAUGACUCUGAGCCAAAACCUCACUGCAAGUUUUCCUAUGCCUGCCAAUCGGGAUCUGUUCCUGUCCCUUUCUUUUUUCCAGAAGAGCAAACUAGUUCUCUGAAAUGAGCUUUCUUUGCCUGCAGAGUGUCUUUGAAACCAAGAUCCUUAUUUUGCAACCUAGCCCAGUCCUGAGUAAAACUGAGUGUGUGUUUGUGUGUACAGAGACAGUAUUUUUUUUUCUCAGCUUGGCAAAUAGAGAAAGCAGGCAUGUUGCAGAACUUGGAAUCCAAUACAUGGAAGCCAAAUGCAAGUUUCAAACAGAACCACUAUAGUAGCCUUGUUGUGGACAAGGGGAAGGGUUAGAGAGAGUAAGUUAGAGAUAAGGCAGUUUAAUUGGAAAGGGAAAUGCAGGGGGAAAAAUUUUAUUCAUCAGAAAGUGCAGAUUGAGCUAAUGAGAAGAUAUUUGAAAUUCAAAUAUUAACAAAGUAAGGUUGGAAUGUUUUGCUUUGAUUUGUGUAUAAUCAGAAUGAAUUUUUUAGCUUUGAAAUAAUCUUUUAACUAUGAACUUUACUUUUCUGAAAUUUUAUUUUAAAAUGUACAAAUGCAUUUUUAAAAAAAUCAGUUAAAUAUCAACUAGAAUAUGACAGAAUAGAUCCUGGUCCCUCCCCCAGGUUUCCAGACCCACUCCUCACCAGUGAAGUUGAAAACUCAGAAUUUGGCCUAGCUCCAGUGAAAUACAAUUCCUCCUUUAAUUAGACAGGACCACUGAUGAGACUUGGGCAGAUUCCUGAGUAAGUGCAUCUUUUUUUGCUGGAAGAAGAAACGAGCUACUUCACAUCCAAGCUUUAACUUGCCAAUUGCACAUGACUUGCUGAUUUAAUCCAUAAAUGCUCAUUUGAACUAAUGGCAUAAGAAAGGUUUCCAUUAUUGGAUUACUUUGGUUUACAUUAUUAAUGUGGCAGUGUUACGUCCAGAUAAAACAGCAAUUAGCCAUUUACAAUCACAUAAUUGUUAAUUGGUUCCUAAAAGAUGGGAAGUAGCAUGCUGAGACUCCUCUAAUGACUGCUGGAAAGAGGAACAGCAGAAUGUGGAGUAUUUUUUAAUUCCUUUGUAUCAAACAUUUAUGGACUGAAAAUAAAAACAAGGUACCGUUUACAAAUCCAAUGUAAUCUACUGAAAUGUAUAAAAUUUUGGAGCUCAAGUUGGGUUUUUUUCAAAGUAAUCGAGAAUUAUUAUUCUUGUAAUGAUUGCUUCCUGUUUCUGUGCUGAAUUAAGCUGGGACAGCAGCAGUGUGGUUGCAGGGCUUGUUUCCCCACUGCCCUCCCACAAUUUAAUUUACAAGCUGCUGGACAUUGUCCAACAUGAAAUAGAGUCUCGCUGGGAAAAUCCUCACAGCGGAAACCAUCACAAUCUACCGGGGAAGGUACUGGCUUUAAAUGAUAGAAUGGAUCCAAGCGGGAUCUGGAAAUGCUUCCAGGCUCCCAGACAAGAGCCAAUCCCUCCUCAAGCUGAAGCUGAACCCCCUGGCACACCUUCCCACAGCACCCCAGUGGUGGACCAGGACCCAGUGUGGGUGGCUGGGGAACCAACCUGCAGAAGACCUUGCAGGACCUGGUGAGCUCAAUCACCCCAGCACUUCCUGAGUCCACCCACUUAGGUACCGGUUUGGGGGAUUGUACACAUCUUAAGGUAGAAGCAUGAGGUACUGCCAGCCUGGUCCCAGGCUGCAAUACCCAUGUGAGCACAGUGUGCACAUGCUGUAGCAUCAGGACUCCCACAUCAAACCUUGGAACAGUCUGAAAUUGCAAUAGAACUGUUCUGUGUCACAGAUUUUCACAUGUCACAGACAUUCACAAAGGGUGAAAUGUCCCUUCUUUGUUUGUUUCCUCUGAAGAGAAAAAGUGAACAAGAACUGAAAUUCCUGGGAGGAAACUAAGUUACACUACCUGCUGGACUAUGGUUUCUUUGUAAAGGAUAAAUCAUGUGACAUAUGCUGGGAAAUCACUUGGGUGCCUCUGCUGACUUGUGCAGGAAUAUGAUCUUGCAGGGCUAUACAUAGGAUGUCUGCUCUGACACCUGUUCCAUUCCCAGAUACUGGAAAUGCAGACAGAUGUAGUACCGUGGUUGAGAAAUCAGAGAUUCAACAGCUCCGUGGAUGACAUUGCAAUUAAAAGCGAAGAAAAUAAAAACAAUGUUCAGAAAGUAUCAGUUUACAGUGAGCUCAAGUUUCCAGUUUGUGGAGAGUUGUUUGUUUUUAGAGAGGAUGGUGUGCUGCUCCAGUAAAGAUAUGUAAACAUUUUCUGCCAAGCCAGAAAGCUCUUCCUAAAGCUACUGUCUCAUGUCUGCUGAAGCUCGUAGGCCUCAGUAGGGCCUCAGAAGGAAAGAAGUGAAAGAAAGUGCUGUGUCCAGGAUAUAGUGCAGAGCAGAGACUUUGCUGGGCAGAGCAAGCAGCCAGGUGCCAUCAGCUCUUCUGCGCUUGUGUUGUCUCCUGACUCAUCUGUCUGCUCCUGAAAUGGACACCCGGAUCACGUCACUGCCACUGUAACAUCUGCAUUUCUGGAGAAUGAAUAUCUAGCUGACAAGAACGGUGUUAUUUAUUUCAGGGCUGGUUCUCAGCAGUAUAAGUUAGACUUUGCAG